AUGGACCGGCGCUUGUCAAUUUCUCUGUGUAAAGUGCUCUCCAGAAACCCUUUUGGAAGAAUUUCAAAACCCAAAUAUCAAUUUCCCUUAAUCGCCCUCAAAAAUUUCUCAACCCAUGGCUCUGUACCCCAACAACCGAAGAAACCCCACCAUUUUUAUCAUCCAGCAAACAUAAAUUCAUCAACCCAUUUCAGUAUUUUCCAAGAUGUCAGGGAAUACAGUGUUGACGCAGACAAAGAGGUGGAUGAAAUCAACCUAAAAUUUGCAGAGGCGAGAGAGGAUAUAGAGUCGGCCAUGGAGUCCAAAGAGACUCUGUAUUUCGACGAGGAAGCUGAAUGCGCACGCGCUUCUGUUAAUGAAGUUCUCGAAAUGUAUGAAGGGCUGUUGAAAAAGCUUCCGGAUAACCAGAGGAGCGCUAUUCAACGGGCUAUGGGGCUCAAGAUUGAGCAGUUGAAGGCUGAACUUGGACAACUUAAUGAAGAUUGA